AUGGAAGUGCAGCCGGAGGCCCAUAUCCUGAAUAUGCCCGGCCUCGCUGCCCUCAUGUCUCUAUUGCCGCUCCUCGUUGCAGGCUUGGUCGUGGCUGAAUGCAUGCGCCAGCUUCUGAUCUCUGUGGACGAGGGCAUGCGUCGGCGGCGAAGGCGAAUGGUUAUGGUAGAUGUCGCGCACGAUGCCGACGUUGAUGUUGCCUUGAGGCCGCGUAGGGGCCCAGCGGGUCUGCAUGGGGUCUGGAACGAGGGUGGCCGUGAGGAUGGGGAUCGGAACUGGAAUGGCAGGGGGAGAGGGCGUGUUCGUGUUGGUUUGGUGCCGGAUAUUUGA